AUAACAUCUUCCUGUUGUCUCAGGUAACAGUAAAGCCGUCCCCUUUCCACUGCAAAACCUGCAAAUCAUGUUGCUCUGAAACAGCAGAUGUAAUCCAGAGAUGUCUGCAGUUGUCUCAUGCACUCGACUCUUCAACUAAAGGACACGCUUGUUUGGUUUUGGCUUGGUGUUGUAGUCAUCGGAUUUGUUACUAAUGGCAGGAAAAUACAGCUGCCCUUGUUGUCCCAAUGCAGAAGAGCCCAAGGCAGUUCCCCUGUCGUCGGCGACUCUGGGAGCAACCCUAGCCCCAGCUGAACAGCUAUGGAGCACCACUAGAGACAACGCUGUGAAGCUGAGAAUGGAGGGCUCAGGCCCGGCUUCAAACACACCAAUCACCAUCCAUCAGAUGUUCCUGGAGACGGUGGAAAAGUACCCAGAGUAUCCAGCUUUGGCUUCCAAACAAGAGGGUCGGUGGGUGUUUGUGACAUGGAGGCAAUACUAUGAGCAGUGCCGGGCAGCAGCUAAAAGUUUCCUUAAGUUGGGGCUGGAGCGUUACCAUGGUGUGGGAAUUCUGGGAUUCAACUCCCCUGAGUGGUUCAUCUCAGACAUCGGCUGCAUCCUCGCUGGGGGUCUGGCAACUGGAAUUUACACUACCAACUCACCAGAAGCUUGUCAGUAUGUGGCUGCCAACUGUGAGGCCAAUAUCCUGGUUGUGGAGAACCAGAAACAGCUUGAGAAAAUCUUGCAGGUUAAAGAUCAGCUACCUCAUCUGAAAGCCAUUGUGCAGUAUAAAGGCGAGCUGCAGCAGAAAGCACCAUUCCUGUAUACAUGGGCAGAGUUCAUGAAGCUGGGAGAGGAUGUGCCUGAAGAGCAGCUGAAUGCCAUGAUUAACAGCCUUCGAGCCAACGAGUGCUGUACGCUCAUCUAUACGUCUGGAACCACUGGCAACCCCAAAGGAGUCAUGUUGAGCCACGACAAUCUGACAUGGACAGUCCAAAGCGCACUUUCUAUGGUAAAUCUCAAAGAAGCUCAGGAGGUAGUGGUCAGUUACCUGCCACUCAGCCACGCAGCAGCCCAGAUGUUUGACAUGUGGAUGUGUAUUUGUUAUGCCGUGACUACCUACUUUGCAGAGCCAGAUGCUCUUAAGGGCUCCUUAGGAACUACACUGAAAGAGGCUCGUCCAACUUGUUUCUUGGGGGUUCCUCGUGUGUGGGAGAAGAUGCAGGAGAAGAUGAAAGCUGUUGGUGUCAAGGCAACCCCAAUGAGGAAGAGAGUGGCGGACUGGGCCAAGUCCAUAGGCCUGCAGUAUAAUUACAGUAUGAUGAAUGGGGAGAAUCGGGUGCCAUGGGGCUUCUCAAUGGCUAAUGCUAUGGUCUUUAAGAAGGUGCGUGCUGCGCUGGGCUUAGACCGCUGCAAGAUCUGCUUCACGGGUGCUGCUCCGAUCACCAAAGAAACAUUGGAAUACUUCAUGAGCCUGAACAUCCCUGUGAUGGAGAUAUAUGGCAUGAGUGAAAGCUCAGGCCCACACACCGUCUCCUCUAACGAAGAAUACCGUAUCACAAGCUGUGGAAAGGUGAUGACAGGCUGCCAAACGAAACUGGACAAUCCAGAUGAGGACGGGAAUGGGGAAAUAUGUUUCUGGGGUCGGCACGUCUUUAUGGGCUAUCUGAACAUGCCUGACAAAACAGCAGAGGCUAUUGACCAGAAUGGCUGGCUGCACUCUGGUGAUCUGGGAAAACAUGACCAGACCGGCUUCCUGUACAUCACAGGAAGGAUCAAGGAGCUGAUCAUCACUGCUGGUGGGGAGAACAUCCCUCCUGUGCCCAUCGAGGAUGCACUGAAGGCUGAAGUGCCCAUCAUCAGCAACGCCAUGCUGAUCGGAGACAAGCAGAAGUUCCUCUCCAUGCUGCUCACUCUCAAAUGUGUCGUGGAUGACAACGCUGAGCCAACAGAUGAGCUGACCCCCGAGGCUUUGGACUUUUGUCAGCGGAAUGGCGUCAGAGCAACCAAGGUGUCAGAGAUAAUAGCCAAUAAGGAGCCACCUAUCUACACAGCCAUCCAGGAGGGUUUGGAGCGUGUCAAUGCCAGAGCAACGUCCAACGCCCAGAAGGUCCAGAAGUGGGUCAUACUAGAGCGAGACUUCUCUAUAAGUGGAGGAGAACUGGGACCCACCAUGAAACUGAGGAGGCCCAUUGUUGUGAAGAUGUACCAGGAGAAAAUAAAUGAAAUGUAUGCAGUGGCAAAACUGUAGUGCACAGAGAUGAGAUAAUACUGAAGAGACACGGAUUGUGUAAUAUUUAAAGAAGUAGAGGUUUGUGCUGCUUUGUUUGAAAACAUAAAGUGUCUCUUCGAUCGGUCGAUAUUUAAGCUAUUAAAUGCGCAUACAGUUUCACAGCAGCCUUGCACACUUUGUAAAUAAAACAAAUCAGAGCCAAAAUCUUACCAUUUACUGUAUGGCACAAACAGGUAAAUUGUACAGUAUAACUUUGCACAAGCCACAUGCAAGAUAGAAAACACUGGAAACAUAGUCAUCAUUUAAUUUUUUACAGUUUUUGAAGAACAUUUUGUAAACUAUAAUCCACUGUGACCUCUGUUUUAUAAUGUGAACAAACAAACAAUAUAAGUAGCCUAAAUCUCUCCAAUCACAAGCUUGUGCAAAUUGUAAAGCAUAUAUUUUCAUUUGUGCUUCUCCAUGUACAGUUUGACUAAUAUUGAAAUGUUUAUUUUGAGAUUUGAGAUCGUUUCCACGAUUGUCAAUAAAAAGUGAGUGAUUUGGACAAA